AUGUCCACCGAAGUCAAAGCCGACAUCGCCCUGAUCGGCCUCGCCGUCAUGGGCCAGAACCUGAUUCUGAACAUGGCCGACCACGGCUACACCGUGUGCGCCUACAACCGCACCACCUCCAAGGUGGACGACUUUCUCGGAAACGAGGCCAAAGGGAAGAGCGUCGUCGGGGCGCACAGCCUCGCGGAGAUGGUCGCGAAGCUGAAGAAGCCCCGCCGCAUUAUUCUGCUGGUGAAGGCGGGCUCGGCGGUGGACGGCUUCAUCGAGCAGCUGGUGCCGCUGCUGGAGAAGGGCGACAUUAUCAUCGAUGGGGGCAACUCUGAGUACACCGACACGCAGCGCCGCUGUAAGGAGAUGCGGGAGAAGGGGCUGCUUUUCGUGGGCUCGGGAGUUAGUGGCGGCGAGGAGGGCGCCCGUUAUGGGCCCUCGCUGAUGCCCGGAGGACAUGCUGAGGCCUGGCUGCACAUCAAGGACAUCUUCCAGAACAUUGCGGCAAAGGCGGAGGGCGAGCCCUGCUGCGACUGGGUGGGCGACGACGGCGCCGGCCACUUCGUGAAGAUGGUCCACAAUGGCAUCGAAUAUGGGGACAUGCAGCUGAUCUGCGAGGCGUACCACGUGAUGAAGGAGGCCCUGGGCCUGAGCCCCCAGGAGAUGGGCGACAUCUUUGAGCAGUGGAACAAGAGCGAGCUGGACUCCUUUCUCAUUGAGAUCACCAAGGACAUUCUCCAGUUCAAGGACAGCGAUGGAAAGGCGCUGGUGGAGAAGAUUCUCGACUCGGCCGGGCAGAAAGGAACCGGCAAGUGGACGGCCAUCUCCGCCCUCGAUUACGGCGUCCCUGUGACCCUAAUCGGCGAGUCGGUCUUUGCCCGCUGCCUCUCCUCGCUGAAGGAUGAGCGCGUUCAGGCGAGUAAACUCCUCUCAGGUCCGCCCACCAGCAAGUACGAGGGCGACAAGAAGGCCUUCAUUGAGGACAUUCGCAUGGCCCUCUACGCCUCGAAGAUCAUCUCCUACGCGCAGGGCUUCAUGCUGCUGCGCGAGGCGGCGAGCAAGUUCAACUGGAAGCUGAACUACGGCGGCAUUGCGCUGAUGUGGCGCGGCGGCUGCAUCAUCCGCUCCGUCUUCCUGGGGAACAUCAAGGCGGCCUUUGAGAAGAACGCCUCGCUGAACAACCUCCUCCUCGACGACUUCUUCCGCGCGGAGAUCGGCAAGUGCCAGGGCAGCUGGCGCAAGGUGGUCGCCAAUGCCGUCCUCCUGGGCAUUCCCACGCCCUGCUUCAGCACCGCCCUCGCCUUCUUCGACGGCUACCGCUCGGCGGUGCUGCCGGCCAAUCUGAUCCAGGCGCAGCGAGACUACUUUGGCGCCCACACCUACGAGCUCCUGGAGAAGCCGGGCACCUUUGUCCACACCAACUGGACCGGCCGAGGAGGCAAUGUCUCCUCCUCCAGCUACAAUGCUUGA